ACGAAGUGUUGUUGUCCUGUUUCCAUCCAUUCUAAUCCGGAAACUGGGGCUGUGUUGUGCUGAUCCAGUUUGCCUGCAGUUUCUGGAGUGCGAUCAGUUCGUCCGCAAUGGCAGAAUUCAGGAAAACGACAGGUGUGAGAACAACAGCAGAUGCUUUUCAAGGGAUUCCUCAACCACCCCCGUAUGAGUUGCACCCACCACCUUACUCGGCAAUUUCAUCACCCAAUCCCUCUGUACUUCAGAGAAAUGAAACAUAUGCUUCUCCUGGAUAUCAACCCAACUACCCUGCAUUUCCGCCAUAUCCAUCAUAUCCAACAUACCCAGCAGCACCACAACCCUCAAAUGCUCAUCCACAAAAUGCCAGCUACCAGAAGUCAGUUGCUGCAUCAUCAGUGGCUUUUGCCGCACAGAAUACUGGUGCUGCAAGGCCUCCUCCGAUUUCACCCUACUCUGUCAUCCAGCAGCGUCCUAAUUCAGUUUAUGUUUUCAACACACAAAAUCCUGCAUCAACAUACGUUGUCAACCAGCAGCAAAUUGCACCAGCAUUUGUUGUUAACCAGCAACAUUCUGCACCGCCAGUGGUUCUGAUUCAGUCUGGCAAUGUUGCAACAGGAAAUCAUAUAACCAAUGGUUAUCCAACAGCAAUGACCCUCCACCAAUCUGCAAAAAAUCUCUCCAAAGGUUUAACAAAUAUUGUCUUGUCUAAUGUAGAACGUGCAAUUGACUCUCAACCAAGAAAUAAGGGGAAGAAAGUAACUGUUAUGACUGGAGGAAGUCAUGUGGUCAUAUACAAGUAGAUGAAAAUGGAAUUAACUGCAGUGUGUACAGACAGCUCUUCGAAGAAUAUUGCCUGUUUUGUACCAUAUAUGACAUGCAUAAUUGUAAACUCCUGUAGUUGCAUUAGUCAACAAAUUCAUAGCUUAAAGUGGAAGACUUUCUUCAAUUUAAUCUAAAGCAUAUAAUAUAAAAAAAAUGUAAAAUUUUUGAGAUUAAUUUUGUAGUACUAUGUAACUUCUAUCAAUAGAUGCAAAUUGUAGAACUAUUUUUGCAAUAGAUUACCUGAGGAACUAUACUGUACAGAUAAUUUGAAUGAUCGUAAAGAUUUUAAAAAUACAUAUGGGCAUCAAUAUCACAAAGCAGCUUAAAAUCCAAAAUCUUCAAUAAAAAUAUUGAAUUGUUUUUAUUUUGAAGAAAUAAAGAAACUUGUCUUAAACUAUU